AUGGCCCACCCCUUACCCCUCGCGUCCGCAUCCCUAAGCCACGGCGCAACCGCCGAGAUCCGUGUUUCCGUUCAGCUCGUGCUGGAGGGAGGGGACGGGCGAGCCGGAGGGCCGGGGGAAGGAGCUCCAAGGAUCCACUACUACGGCUGGCUCGUUGAUAUCGAUGGUGACGGGGGACGGCGCGAUGAAAUAACAUUCUUCCUCGCACCCACGAACCUGAUCCCCGCAACACACCGACUACGCACGUCACCAGCCGGAUCGCAAUUCACGCGCUGCGAAGACGCAGCGUGUCCGGCUCAGCGGCCACGUCGACCGAGCGAUGGCGAUGGCGAUGGCGAUAGCGAAAGCAAAGCUGGGCGUGCGACCGAGAACGAGAGCGCAGCGAGGCCAGGGGGAAUACGAAUACAUUUCCAUCAUGAGAGCGGAGUGGUUGUUGCUUUUGAGGGUGGGGAUGGGGGCUGGUGUUUUGGACACCCGCAACGGUAG